AUGAGCGGACACAUGGCGUCCUCGGGCCGCGGCGGCGCAGGCAACAUGGUCGACAGCACCAAGUCGCCCAAGCUGCAGCCCAAGGACCUCGAGACGCCGACCCUCAAGACGAGCGUCGUGACCACGGGCCGCGGCGGCACGGGCAACAUGGCGCGCAACACGGACCCGGCCGAGACGCGCGCGCGGCAGGACGUCGGGCCCGUGACGAGGCGCGACAGCCACGGGGCCACGCUCGUCGGGCGCGGCGGCGGCGGCAACGUGUUCAAGCCCGAGGACGCGGAGGCGGCGCGCAGGGCGCGGGACGAGAGCGCCGUCGCCGUCGACACGGAGGACCUGCGGCGGGUCGCGACGGGAGAGAGGAUGAGGGAGAGCGGCAAGGGGAAGGAGAAGGAGGCGGAGAGGGAGAGGGACGGCAGGGCUGCUGCGGAUGGGCAUGGCGGGCUGGCGCAGAAGGGCAGGGACUGGCUCAUGGGGAAGAGGUCAUGA